AGAACGGUUCGUAGCGGACGACACAUUGCGAGUACGGAACAAAGAAAGGAAACGAAUAAAACGCCCCGCGAGAGAGACCAACGCGAAGCAGAGAGAGCGCAGAAAAAAGAAACCGAAGGAAGCAGAAAGAAACAGCCGUCCAGUGAGAGGCCAGAGCGAGCGAGAUAGCUGCAGUGGCGGAACAGCAGCAGGCAGUUAGUUGGCUGUCUACCUGAGUUCGUGUGCGCGCGAGUGUGUGUGAGUGAGUAAAUAGUCGGCAGAGGUUGCUGUACAUAGCAGCGAGCGGCAGAAACAGAAACAGAAACAGCGUGGUCGCAGCUCGCAGUUGAAACGGACGUACGGUGCUCCACAAUAUCGCUACCAAAGUGCGCUCUAAAAUAUUUACAGUAACCAAGUGCACAAGUGUAAACGGCUUAAGUUUUCUAUAAAGCUAAAAUAAUUUAAAAUUAUAAAAAAAAAUUAAGAAAUAUUAAUUAUCAAAUGCAACGGCAACUAUCGGUUGCAUGCUCGAAAUUUCCUUUGUGUCUCGUUCUUGUGUGACAAAUGCCGCAGCAACAGCGGCAGCAGCACUCACUCGGCCUUAUAUACCCGUCCAUAUAAACGGUUCGGUUCACUCUUGUUCGUGUGCGUGUGUGUUUGUGUGCGCGCAGAAAACAUAGAGCAAAGCGGAAUACACAAUAAAGGUGCUUACGAAAGCAGGGCGCCGAUGAGCGCAAAGUGUGAGUGUGUGUGUUCGUGUUUGUUUGUGGAGUAAAGAAAGAAGAGAAGUAAAAGAAAUGAAGCGCUGUGUUAAAGCUGAGCGUUAGCAUACACUGUGGAUUACAAACAAAUACCCUGCAAUUGGAUACAGUUCCCGUACCCCCCGCCUCACGAUGCCAAUUAACUGGCUGGAUUAGCAGCAUACAACCAACCAAAAGAUUGACGCUUGUGCAACACACACGAGCGAAUACGAGGCAACGAGUAUUAUGAUUAUGAUGACGCCAGAGUCGAAAGCGGCAACAACAACUGCACAACAACAGCAACAGCAGCAGCAGCAGCAAGUUUUUGCUGUCAGCAGCAUUAAAGUAAAAAGUGAAAACACAUUAGCAGCAGUAACAGCAACAGUUGCAACACCAACAACAACAACAACUAAUGCAACACCAGCAGCAACGCCAGCAGCAACAGCAGCAGCAACAGCAACAGUAGCAGCAGCAACAGUAGCAGCAGCAAAAAGCAUGUUAGAAAAGAACAUCAAGAAGGAAUCAACGCCACCGGCAACUACUCCUAAUGUCGUCGAAUCAGUCGAGGCCGCCUCCUCCUCCGCCUCAUGCUGCUCAUCGUCGGCCUGGUCGACGACAACGGCCACAUCAGAGGAUGCCAGCAGCAAUGGUGGCGCCUCCGCUGACGAGGAGGCAGCAGAUACUUCCGAUUUGGCAGCACCCGGGAACACCGAACUGGUAACAGCAACAACGCCACGACCAGUCCUGCUGACUGCCGUUAAUCCGCACAUCAUCUGUCACCUGUGCCAGGGCUACCUGAUCAAUGCCACGACAAUUGUCGAGUGUCUGCACUCCUUCUGCCACAGUUGCCUCAUUAAUCACCUGCGCAAGGAUCGCUUCUGUCCACGGUGCGAGAUGGUCAUCAACAACGCCAAGCCGAAUAUCAAAUCGGACACCACGCUCCAGGCGAUCGUCUACAAGCUCGUGCCGGGCCUCUACGAGCGGGAGCUGAUGCGGAAGCGGGCCUUCUACAAGGAUCGGCCGCAGGAGGCAGCCCUGGCCACGCCCGAGCAGCGGGGCGAUGAUACGGAGCACUUGAUAUUCGGCCCCACGGAUAACAUGUCCUUGUCCCUGGAAUACGCGGAGUUGGGUGAACUUAGCACCGAAUCAGAAGUGGAGUUCCUGCGUCCGAGGUACCUCCAGUGCCCGGCCAUGUGUCGGGUGAGCCACCUCAAGAAGUUCGUCUACGACAAGUUCGACAUCGACGUGCAGCGCUUCAGCAUCGACAUUAUGUACAAGGUGAAGACGAUCGUCCUGCUGGACUACUACACCCUCAUGGACAUUGCGUACAUCUACACGUGGAAGCGGGACGCGCCCAUGCGCUUCUACUUCAGGGUGUACGAGUCGCCGCAGCGACAGGUGAAGCCCCCGCCACGUCGCAUGCUCCCAGCUCCCCUGAAGGUGGUGAAGCAGGAGCCGACGCCGGCGCCAGAAGCGCCCAAGGUGGAGCAAACCUCGCCCACAGCAGCUCCGGUAUCGCCGCCUGCCAGCAUAAAGCAGGAGCUGCAGGAGGAGAUCCGUGUGCCCAGUGAGCCCCUCAAGCUGAUCAUCAACCGGAAUAUGUUGGAGAAGCGCGAGAAGAGCCACUCGCCGCAGUCCUCCAAGUCGAGCGCCAAGAGCAAUCAUCACACGCCCACCACUCCAUCCUCCUCCUCCUCCUCCAACUCCUGUCCAUCACCCAGCGGAGAGCUCAAUAUCAAGCUGAAGAUCGAUCUGUCCAAGCACAACAGCGUGACCAUCAUCAACAUGUCCGACCCGGAGCGCAAGGAGAUCGUGAAGCCGCUGAAACCGGAGAAGGAGUCGCGCUCCAAGAACCGCAGCAAGGACAAGGACAAGGACGGCAGUCCCAAGUCCUCGAGCAGCAGCAGCGAACGAAAGCGUAAGAGCCCCAGCCCGCUGACGGUGCCUCCGCUGACCAUACGCACCGAGCGCAUCCUCAGUCCCAGCGGUGUCAGCACCCUCAGUCCACGCUGCGUGGCCAGCAGCUCCUGCCACGAGGAUCCCAAGUCGGAGUUCCUCAAGUCCUUCGCCCUGACGCCCAUCAAGGUCAAGGUGGAGUCCCCGGAGAGGUCCCCCAGCAGCCACAGAGCGCCUACCCCUCCGAAAACGACUGCUUCUGGCUCUGGGUCCGCGUCCCACUCGCAUCACAGCGGCAGGUCCAAGGGCACCCUGGAGGACAGGGAGCUGAUGAGGCCGCCCGCCGGAAUGGCACCCAAGUCGAUUGCCUCUUCGAAGCGCAAGAGCAAGGAGCCCGUCAAGGCCGUCUCCAAGAAGCCGAAGCUCUCGCCGCCCCUGCCUCGCGAGGACUUCAAGAUUCGUCUGCCCGCCACCAAUUCGCAUUCGCAUCCGCCGCCAGCUCCGACCACGCCGCCACCGUUUGUCGGCAGCUUGGAGAAGCUCAUGCCGCCACCGCCAAAGCCCCCGAUGCUGGCGUCACGCAAGCCCCAGCUCGCGGCACAAUUCGCCCCGCCUUCGCCCCACCACCCAGGCAUGCAGAUGGCGGCUCCGGGCAACCGCACGCCCAUCGCCAAGCGCUACCACCCCAUCCUGCCCAAGGCGGCGCGACCCAAUCCGUUCGCCAACAUUCCCAACGAUGUCAACCGUCUGCUGAAAGACGCCGGCACCGAGAUCAAGUCGAUUGGAGGCAGCACAAGCGCCUCCUCGUCCAAGUCGCAUGUGUACGGGCCCAAGGCUGACUCCAAGAUGGGACCACCGCCGCCACCGGCAGGCGCUGCAGCUACCCACGCAGCACGCCACACCAGCGGAGGCCAGGGCAAGACGGUAGGCAACAAUCAACCGCAACCCCAUCCGGCACCCAGCUCCAAUGGCAGCCAGAACAAGGCGGCCAACAACUACCUCAAUUUGGCCCUGUUCAAUGCCAGCAAGUCCAAGGGCCGGGAGGCCCCGCCCGGAUGCCGCACGCCCAUGUACACGCCCAACUCGCCCAUUUACUCGCCCAGCUCGCCGCAGUACGUGCCCAACUACAACAUCCCCACGAUGCCCACCUACAAGUACACGCCCAAGCCGAGCCAGGCCACCGCCGGAGGCUACCUGCAGAGCAUGCUCGGUGGCGGAGGCAGCGGCAGCGGCGGGGGAUCGCUGUUCCCAUCACCGCCCACGAAGGCCGACCAGAACACCAAUCCGGCGGGAGCAGCUCCGUCCUCCGGCCAUGCCUUCCAGCGUGGCGCCAGUCCCAGCCACGAGGACGCGCCCGAGAAGCAACAGGUGAAGGUCAAGUCGCUGCUCAACUCGUGCAACAUCAACAUCCCCUCCUCGCUGUCGAUCACAAUCUCCAGGGACAACGGCGACUCCUCGUCGGCCAGCAACGGAUCGCAUCCGAAGCACAAGAGUCCCGUCAAUAACUACAUCGAGAUCGUAAAACUGCCCGACCAGCCGCAGGACCAGGGACAGAAGUCCGCCGCCAGCGUCACGGAGGCCCAGAAACGUCAGUCGCCGCCAGCACCAGCACCCGGACGCACUCCACCCCCACAGCUACCCGCAGUCGCAGCUCCUGCUCCAGCCGCCGCCGCCAUGCGGCUGACGCAGCCUCCGCCCUCCAAGGCCAUUCCUUCCCCGCAGCACCUGAUGUCGCGUAUGACGCCGCCACAGUUGCCGCAAACAGCCCCGCCACCCUCGUCGUCGUCUACCGCUCCCCGUGGGAUCACACCCCCCAAGAUAUCGCCCCCCGCCAGCGGCAAGGGCACGCCCCUGAAGACCGUGCUGACGCCCUCGCAGGCGGAUAGCAAGAAGACGCCCAGUCCGGAGAAGCGCAGUGCCGCCCAGAUGGGAAGCCACUCGCCCACCGCCAGCGAGAACAAGUCACCAAAGUUGGCAGGACAGUCGGCACCAGGAUCAGCCACUCCCAACGGAGAUCCGGCGGCCAAGAAGUUCCGACCCAUUCUGCCCCGCCAGAACGCCCAGAUCCCAGACAUGGCCGCCAAGCUGCCCAGCCUGGCGCCCGCCUUCAACUUCAGCCAGCCCCAAAGCCAGGUCCAGACCGGCGCCAAGAAGGUGCCUACCAGCAAGAAGUCCCCCAACGGAGGAGCAGCAGUCUUUCUGCCGCCCCCCCCGAAGCUUCCCAACGGCAGUCACCCGGCGCAGAAGCCGAGUCCUCCGCUGAAGAGCCAACAGACGGGUGGCAAGAAGGCAAACAAGAAUCCCACACCGCCCCCGUCCUCGUCCGCCGCUUUGGGGGGUGGAGUCCAAGGGAAUAUGGGAAAACUUAUGCCUCAUCCCGGUUUGCCGGGAUUAAACGCCCCGCUGAGCAUCGCCUCCAGUGCCGCGGCCGCUGCCGGUCAAAUGGAUCUGAACAACUUCAUCAAGGAGAACCUGAUCAGGGCUCAGGUGGCCCAGGCAGCACAAGCCGCCCAGGCUGCCCAAGCGGCCGCCAAUCAGUCGAAUAUACUGUACAACUUUGCCCAGAUCGGGCACAUGUCCCCGGCGAUGUACAACUACCAGCAGGCGGUUUUCAUGGAACAGCUCACGCGGAUGCAGCGGGCGGGCAACGAGGCGUUCAACGACUACCUUCAGAAGCUGAAGAAUGCGGCCAAUGGCCAGGCAGGCGAUGGGGACCACAAGCCGAUCAUGCCCAUGCUGCCCACCGUCAACCUGCCCAGCCCCUCCUCGGCUACAUCGGCAGCCAGCCCCAAGACCUCAGCCCUGCCCAACGGAAAGCUGACUGCAGCGGCUACAGCCCCAUCCAGCCACACGCCAUCAUCGCUAGCCAAGGCCGGCAGUGGGGCUAGUCCACGUCAGCAGACGGCGGCCACCCCCGCCGCACCCCUCGCGGCUGCCACCAAGAGCAAGUGAACAGCAGCCGCCACCCGUCCAUACCACUCGUUUCCGUUGAGGCGGAAGCUGAAGGGAGUCCGAGUCUGCAUCCGGAGCGAGGUGUGAGAUGGCCAUCAUUAAAGGAGAGGCAACAUCAGAAGCACCAGCAGUAGCAGCAGUGGCUCCUGGAUAGCUGUAAUUAAUAUUUAAAGACUUUGUUUUUAGUUGUACGCCACCCCGUUCUCCAGUCAGAACCAGUACCAGAACCAGAACCAAUUCCCCGCCCUAAUUAUUGUUAGAAGCAACCACCAUGCCACCCCAGAACGGGGUAGCUGGCUCAUGCCACAUCCAUCCGAGCCCCUAGGCUAUAGACCUACAUAUGUAAAUAUUGAUAAUUUUAUCAUCUAACAGAUGUAUACAGAAAAAAAGACACCGAUUCAGAAUCGAUUUAUGCAGAUGCGAUAAUCAUAUAAAUAUAUAUUUAAGUGCUGCGGCAAAAGUUGAGCUAAUCCUAAGUGUAAAUACCAUCCAUUAAAUACGAUUUUAUAUAAUCUUUUUUAC